AUGGACGCGCUCGGUAGUGCGCUGAAUACGGUGGAUUUCGUCUUGCUUCGGACGAGCCUGAAUGGGAUGAAAGCUAGGAUCUGGAUAUACUUGGACCCUAUCAGUGAUGGCAGCUGGCUAUUAAUGGUCGCCAGCACCAAGCCUCGUGAAGCGCUACAGUCGAUCCGAGAACUAACAACCGCUGUGUUUAACUAUCUGAACCAUCCGUAUUUCCAGCCUAAGCUCAGGGGCAUCAACAGAGUAUUGCGCGAAGAGUUCCAGCGAGCAUCUGAUGCCUACAACUUUGGACAUCCCAGCGCUGGAAUCAACAUACGGGACUGCUGGGAUAUUUGGUUCAGAGAAUACCUGGAAGAUAUGGCGUCGAAUACGCGUACGUGGGUGCGCGGUGCCAUUGCGGAUAUGCGCUGGGCAUGGAGCCCGUUGAACAAUCCCAACGAUCAAACGUAUCAGGAGAGAGCACUGCAGGUCAACCAGCAUCUAGACCAUCUUGAGACGCUUGGUCUUACUAAUGCGAAGAUAUCCAUUGACAAUACGAAUUUGAUAUAG